AGCUGGAGCUUGUUCAGGCAACCACAGCAUUGCGAUUACAGCUUUUAUCAGUUUAUUGAUUGUAGUAUUAAACUUUGACGGUGAUUUGCGUUCGCGAUUAAAUUAUUUAUGAAUUUUCUAAAAGUACAAAGUUUUGCUAUUUUUUAAACAAUAUUAACAGAUUUUAAGUUAGUGCUCUAAAAAAAUUUUUUUGCAUUAAUUCAAUGCCGUGUGCUAUUUCGUCUCUGUGAUAUCAUCUUGUGGUAUUUCAACAACAAUAUAGUUAUUAUUGUUUAAGGGAUUCUUCAGUCUGUUCUUCAUUGAAUUCUUCAAAGCUCAGAGAUAAAUUUUGGCUCACUAGCCGCAUCGUCUGACUAUUCGAAGAAUCUCCGCUUGACUCACACAAAAAUCUACAAAAAGAGAAUCUACCCAUAAAGGAUAUUCAGAAUUAAUGAAGCGGUCUUGAUCUUCUAUCGAUAUCUAUAUUAUUUUUCAAAAUUUUAGUUAAAUACAUUGUUUAAAAUAAAUAAAUAAAUAAAAAUAAAUAAAAAAGUAGACAAAACAGUCUAAUAUCAAUAUAAUAUAAAUAAUUUAUCUGUCGAAAAAGUUGCGAGAACAGCGAUUUGAAAUUUAUUGAUAUCUGGUGAUCGACUGGCAUAAUCGAGGAAGAGCAUUUAUACGCGACUUAUCUGGAGUAAGCACGAUAUUGGAAAAGAGGUAGAGAAGUUUCUCGAAGCUUGAACGAACAUACGCGGGAGGUACCCCAUCGUCGAGAGAAGACUGUGGAGGGAGAAGGGAGCCGAAGGUGGGAAUCGGACGCCACGAGACAGUGCGUCAUCCUUGGAAAAGGUAUAUCCAGUGCAUCGUUAGCCACGGAUUUAAAUGGCUCGAUCAAAGAGGCAUUUCAAAGGAAAAAGCAGCUGCUAGGCCGAAAUUGCUCGGACGGGAGAAGCCAAAGAAGAAACGAUUUCUGUGAUAAUAAAAGAGUAAAAGAGAAUCGAAGGAGAGUGGAAACAGGAAAGCCAGAGAAAAAGAGACAAGUCGAUAGAGAAAGAGAGAGAAAAAGAGAAGCCUACGAGUUUAACUGCUACACAUGGAACCGAUUUAGUAGGCGCACGUAUUUUGUUUGAGGAAGAAAGAAAGGAAGGGAGCCGUUUGUUGAGCAGUAAGAGGAGUGUUUGAAGAUAGACGCUAAAAAACAUAAUAACAAAGAAAAAAUAAAAAGGAGAGAAACGAAGCUUUACCUGAAUUAGAAUAAUUUGAUAAAGGGACAAAGAAAUACGUCCUGUCAUCAAGAUGAGUAGUUUGACUAAUUCGCGUGUUGCCAGAGAUGUAUUUGAUGAGGAUGCUAUUGUUAAGAAGGAACGAUGGCGUAAUCUCAUAGCCUUUUGGAUUUUGGGGCUGUGCAACAAUUAUGGAUACGUCGUAAUGCUUAGCGCGGCUCAUGACAUCCUCAAAAGCAAGUUCGGUGAGGAGGAUGUCACGCCAGAUACAAACAGCACGAUUACAACGGGAGAUCGCGCAUGCAACACAGUUUCGACCGGCGCUAUACUUUUAGCAGAUAUUAUUCCAUCGUUAGCGAUAAAGAUUACGGCGCCAUUUUUGCCGUUUUUAGUGCAUGCUCGACUGGCUACCUGUGUGUUAUUUUCCGCUGCAGGAUUCCUCAUGGUAUCGUUAAGCACUACUGAAUGGCUUGCCAUUAUGGGCGUCGUUAUAACAUCGCUCUCCUCCGGCUUAGGCGAAGUUACUCUUCUCAGUUACAGUAACGAGUUUCAUAAAGAUGUGAUCUCGACAUGGUCAUCGGGCACAGGCGGCGCCGGUAUAGUCGGCGCUGUGUCCUACGCUGGACUUGCUAUGGUGUUAUCUACCGAAAACACAUUGUUAGUCAUGUUGAUUGUGCCAGUUUUGGAAGCGAUCGCAUUCUGGUGUAUUCUCAAACAUCCGGUGCACACCAGAAUUCCGAUCACGAAGGACGGUAUCAAUAGUCAAGAACAAAUCGUCAAAGUUCCUAAGAAGAGUUUCAGGGAUAAGAUCAAUUUGGUGCCUGGCUUGAUGAAAUACAUGAUACCGCUUGGACUAGUUUAUCUGUUUGAAUAUUUCAUCAACCAAGGCCUGUACGAACUCAUCGAAUACGAUGACAUUUGGCUGACGCAUGCCGAACAAUACAGAUGGCUACAAGUGGAUUAUCAAAUAGGUGUAUUUAUUUCGAGAUCAUCGGUAAAUUUAGUGAGCGUUAACAAAAUUUGGAUUAUGUCCGUGUUGCAGUUUAUUAACGUCAUAAUUCUUCUCUUUGAGGCUAUUUAUUAUUACAUACCAUAUAUAUGGAUCGUUUUCAUCAUUGUAUUGUGGGAAGGUCUGCUUGGCGGCGGGGCGUACGUGAAUACUUUCUACAAAAUAUCAACAGAGAUUCCGAGAGCGGAUCGCGAAAUUUCUCUGGGAAUUACAGCGAUGGCAGAUGCGAUUGGAAUCACGUUGGCUGGAUGGCUUUCCAUGCCAGUCCAUAAUGCUAUUUGUCGUCUACCGCAACCGAAACGAUUAGGCGUCUAGAGAUACGGAAUUUAUCUACCACCGAGUGUAAUAAUAAAAUUAAUACGAGCGGAUACGUCUGCUUUUAAAAGUUCCUCCAUAUCGGCAUUUCUAAAGAAAGAUAACGCAACUCGUAUCUUAGUGAUUACAUAUAGAAUGUAAGUGCUUCAUCAUAUGAUUGCGAGAUUAUAAAGCAAUCAGCAUACAGAUUUGAUCAAUUUUUUGCAAAAUUAGAGAAAAUUUGCAUCUGAAGAAGAUGUUCAAGAAUGCAAGCGGCACAGUCAUAAAUCUUUAUCGUCAAUUCUUAAUACUAUUUUACUUGUCUUGUAUCAUAUUUUCUAAAAGAAUUUUCUUAAACGCCGCUUCAAUGUUCACUUUGCUAUAACUAUAUCAUUUAAGAAUUUUCUUCUAGAACCAUAUUAAACAGUCUUGAUUACAAAUAUUUAAGCUUUAUUCAAUACAAACGUUUAAAAGACUAAGAACAGAACAUACAAUAUAUAUAUUUCUAUAUAAUGCAUAAUAUGAUGACAUAGCACGUAACAAGGUUGUAUAUGACAUACGAGCAUCAUCUGUGUUUUGAUUGAAGAAUUUUUUUUCGAGUAUUGUAUUGUAUUAUUGGUUUAUUUAUUUUAUGAUAUGCAUGCAACUUUUGAAUUGUACUGUAAUCUAUUUUUUCUUAUAAUAAUGUAUCUAAAUCUUGACUAGUACAAUACUAUUGUUUCCCCUUUUUUAAUACAUAUCCAAAGAUAAGUUUUGAAAUUAUUAAGUGUUUUGAUUUUUUAGUAAAAUUUUUUACAUUGUUAUGAUAUUUCAAGCUUACAGUGAUGAAACGAAAUGUUUAUAUAGUUUGGCAUUCUCGAGCGUCCUAGAGCGUCCAAGAUCCUGCACUAUCAAAUGUGAUUCUAUCGAAUGUGCUGUUCUGUAUUGUUUAUCAUUCGAGGAUUUCCUCAGUAUUAGUAGCUAGAGUUAAUCUAAUCAAGAACAAUUUACAAAUGCUCUUGCACAUAUCGUGAUUAGAUAUAAAAAUUAUUAGUUUAAACUAUAUCUCUGUUUUGUUAUAUUAAUUGCAUUUAUUAUUUUGUGAUUUAAGUGUAUUGUCAUAUACAUCUUUUGAUUCAGUUAU